AUGAUGUCAAGAAAUAAAUAUGGGUGGCUGUUUACUCUGGUGUUGUUUUUACUCUGCAUUGGUCAAGAUCAGGACAUAAGAGUCAUAGGUGGGAAAGAAGAUCGAGAUGGUGGUUUGAACGGUAUAACUAUAGUUUAUACCUUUGAAUUUAAUGCUACAAUACUGAGCGGUAAAUAUCACACAGUGCAUGGAUUAUUAAGAAAGGGUUACAUGAAAACUAGGAUACGUUUUUAUGCGAACAGUGUAGCUGGUUUUCAGUUAACUAAAUUACUAGAAUGUGGAGAUAUAUGUCCCAAUCCAGGACCGAAAGCAAAGUCGAGUCAAAGGCUCAAAUGUGUCCACUGUGAAAGAACGAUAGCUUGCAAUCAUAGAACCGUAUCGUGUAAGGACUGUGGGCUGCAUUUCCAUUUCAAAUGUGCGGGUUUAACGCUGAGGGAUUAUCAUAAAAUGGAACAGAAUUUAAAGCAACAGUGGAUGUGCACAGCUUGCUUAUUUUCCGUUCUUCCUAAUAACCUAGAUAUGUCUAUGGUAAGCAGCUCUUCAAACAGCAUCAGUGAUAAAUAUGAUGAUCUAGACCAAGGAUAA